AUGUUCGAUGCGCCGCCGGGAGUGGAUCCGGCGAAGAGGCCUCAGACUCGCAAGAAGCGAAAGAUCCCGAGAAGCGGUAGACCGGCCAUCGUAAAGGCGGCAUUUGGCUUGGUCUAUAUAUUUGGAUUUCUCCAGUUUGGACGUUUAUAUAAUGUCGACUUUGUCCUCGGGGAUAGGUAUUUGAAAUACGGCCUGCUGAGACGAGUAUGGAUACUCCACAUGCUGGGCUUUACUUCCCGGCUCAAAUACUACGGAGUAUGGUCAUUGACAGAGGGCGCUUGCAUCCUAUCCGGAAUGGGAUACAAUGGCUUCGAUCCGAAUACGGGCAAAGUGUCGUGGAAUCGGCUGGAAAACGUGAACCCGAAGGAUCUUGAAACAGCGCCAAACCCACACACUUAUCUCAGUAGCUGGAACAAAAACACCAACCACUGGCUGAAAAACUACAUGUACUUGCGGGUCACGCCCAGGGGCAAAAAGCCAGGGUUCAGAGCCAGCCUGGCGACUUUCGCAACGAGCGCGUUCUGGCAUGGCUUUCACCCAGGAUACUACUUCACCUUCAUCCUCGGUGCAUUCAUUCAAACAACUGCAAAAAACUUCCGCCGCAACAUUCGCCCUUUCUUCCUGACCCCAGACGGCUCCGCCCCAACCCCUUACAAACGCUUCUACGACAUCCUAACCUGGCUAACAACCCAACUAACUCUAUCCUUCACCGCGGCGCCCUUCGUCAUCCUCCACUUCAAGCCAAGCGUUCACGUCUGGUCAAGCGUGUACUACUACGGCAUCGUGGGCAUCGCAGCUUCGCAGGCCUUCUUCUCCAGUCCCGCGAAACGGUACCUGGUCAAGCGGCUAAGGGCUCGCGGUAGUGGUCCCGUUUCACGACAGCCUUCUCGUCCUCGCGAGCCCCACGAGCCCAGCGAGCAGCCGGUGCUGGGCCUGCCGCCGAACCCUGGGCGGGAUAUCGAGGAUGCUGUCAAUGAGGUCAUGCGGGAGAUUGAGGUGCGGAGGCGGAGAGGGAGUGUUGUCGCAAUGCCCUCCGGGCGCGAGUUGAUGGCGGCGGUGGAGGAGAAGCUUGGAAGGAAGCUUUAA